AUGACAUCAGAUAAAGAGAUCUUAUCUGACACUCGGGGCAUGACCAUUGAAUUGUCAGAAAUGCCAGUCCAACAUCGCUUUGUCCAAACAAAAUUUAACAGUGCAGAAACUGAGAGCAUUGAGACCGAAAUCAACAAAAUGUGGGGAAAAGAAAUUAUAGAACAAGUCGAACAUACAAAAGAUGAAACUAUCUCAAACAUUUUUACAAGACCUAAAAAGGAUGGCACUCAUAGAAUGAUCAUUAAUCUAAAAGAUUUCAAUAAACAUGUAUCCUAUAAUCAUUUAAAAAUGGAUUCAUUAAACACUAUAGCCAAAUUAGUUGAUAACGAUUGUUUUAUGGCCUCAAUAGAUCUCAAAGAUGCCUAUUAUUCAAUACCUAUUCUGGAAAGAGACAGGAAAUAUUUGAGAUUUUAUUGGAAUAAUCAACUUCACCUUUUAUUUGCCUACCAAAUGGGUGUCGAGCGGCCAUAG